CAAAUACAUCAUAUAUUCUAUCAAGACUCUCUAAAGUCUUUAUUCUCUAAAUUAAAUAAAACUAUUAAACCAUGUUUGCCUCUUCUACUUUCCAAGAAACAAGCAAUGUCAUUUCUCAUCAAUAUCAAACUAUAAACCCUAAUUUUUUUGCCUUUCAUGAUCCUCUCAUCAACAUGAAUCAAGAUCAUGUCCACAACUAUAAUAAGUAUCAAGAUUUUGACACUUCAUUUAUUGAUAUGUUGUUUGAUAGUGAUCAAGAAUAUUAUUCCAAUUACUCAACUAAUAGCUACAAUAAUGCUUCACUUCAUUCGGAAAAUCCUUUCUUGCAGCAGGAGAUAAGUACUAGUACCUAUAGUACUAGUGGAAACUCAUCAACCUCUAGUUCAUUUGAAGCCACACCAAAAAAUAUUCACAUGAAUCAUGAAAAUUCAAGCAUGGGGAUUGAGAAAGAAAAGAAAGGUGAAAAACAUGCAAUUGCUUUUAGAACAAAGACACAGCUUGAGAUCUUGGAUGAUGGAUACAAAUGGAGGAAAUAUGGGAAAAAGAAAGUGAAAACCAACAUAAAUCUAAGGAAUUACUACAAGUGUUCGAGCAAAGAUUGCAAAGUAAAGAAAAAGGUAGAAAGAGAUGGAAAUGAUUCAAGAUAUUUGCUAAAUACAUAUGAAGGAAGACACAAUCAUGAAAGUCCCUUUAUCAUUUGCUGCCAUCAAAAGCCAGCAACCAACUUUUUGAAUGAAUCAGCUUCUUCAUAGUGAUCUUCUUUACGAGAAUAAUCAACACUUCUAUUAAUUUUAUAAGAAAUACAGUAAGUCUAUCUAUUUAUGUACAAUUAUAUUUAUAGGAAGAAUAGACCCUUGUGGUCAAGCCCUUUCCUGGAUCCCGCGCAUAGCUGGAGCUUUAAUACACCGGACUGCCUUUUUAAAAAAAAAUAUUUAUAGGAAGAAAAUAUAAGUAUUUUUUUUACUACUCA